UCAGCCAGCUAUUUCAAUCUGCAAAUAUGUACUGGUGCUCAGACUUACAGGGACUACAUAUGGGACAAAAGAAGAUAAGACAGCCAGUUUUAGGGAGCAGGAAGGAAGAAAUGCUGACCGCUAUCAGAAAUUCGGCCAAGUGGCCUCUCAUCGGGGAAAUGAGCUUGGUCUGGUCGGUGGGAGUCGCUCCACAGUGCUCUGCUGUGUGUUCCUUCACCGGACUCUUCAAAGUAGGAACUUCACCCUAAAGCAGAAGGGUGUUUUUUUUUCUUCUUCUUUUGUGGUUUCACACAGCAAAUGAGUGACAAUCUUUAUUUCCAGACAAAGUGAGACGUCAGGCACUGAGGCGUGAGCCUGGCCUAUAUUUCUGGUUCCCUCCUCCUUCGCCCCUUUCAUUUCACUCUUACCGUGCUUUCCAGAAAGUUUGCCUGCUGGGGGAAUCUUUUUGACAAUUUCCCAUGUGUCAUCACAUAGCUCCAUAGAAUUCAGUUUCUGAGAACCAGCCAGGAGCAUGCAGGGACAUUGCAUAACCCUCCUCUGAGGCCGGAGGUACCGUCCGUGGAGCUCGGAGGAGCCGUUGCACAUCCCCGGCAUGAAAGGCACCGGAGUCAUGGAUGGCGCGCCCAAGACACUCCUGGCCAGGGCACUUUAUGACAACCACCCCGACUGCUCCGAUGAGCUGGCUUUCUGCAGAGGGGACAUCCUGACCAUUCUGGAGCAAAACGUGCCGGAAAGUGAGGGCUGGUGGAAGUGUUUGCUCCACGGGAGGCAAGGCCUGGCCCCUGCCAACCGCCUCCAAAUCCUCACAGAGGCUGCUGCAGACAAGCCGUGCGCCACAUUCCUGCAAGGCCUGGGAGAAGCUCUUGCCAGCUCAGAGGAGAUCUACCAGGUGCCCACUCUGCUCCACCCGCCGCCACUAGGCCCCGUCUACGAGAAGAUGAAGAGUUGGGUGGAGGAACCUCUGCCCCCCAUCACCCAAGUCUACGAAUUCCCUGACCCACCCACCAGUGCCAGAAUCAUCUGUGAGAAGACCCUAAGCUUUCCAAAACAGGCCCUCUUCACGCUCCCCAGACCUGCUCGGGUUUCGCUGCCAACUCUGCCUUCCCAGGUAUACGACGUGCCUGCCCAGAGCCGGGUCCUCUCAGCCCUUAAGGAGCCAGAGAAGCAGCAGGUAUACGAUAUUCCAGCCAGCCACCAAAGGGCAGCACUCCACCCGCCGGCCAGCCAGGCAAGCGAACAGAGUGUUCUCCUUACACCAAUGAGUGCCUUAAAAAGAGAAGGCUACAAGACGUUACCAAAGCCUCAGAAAUCAGAAUGGAUUUAUGACACUCCAGUGUCUCCGGGAACGGCCAGUGUCAGAAACACAUCUCCAGCCAGCUCUGCAGAAGAAUCAGGACUCCACGCUGCUCCCGGUUCUGGCUCACCUUUCCACAAUCCUCCAAGUAGCAGAGGCAGGUCCCUCACCCCACAGCUGAAUGUGCCCAUGCAGAAAAAACUCAGUCUUCCAGAAAUCCCUUGCUAUGGAUUUCCAGCACACAGGGACAUGGUCCCUUUGGAUGAAGGUGUCAGCUACAAGGUUCCUUCCAGCUUUCUGAUCCCCCGAGUGGAACAGCAGAACACCAAGCCCAACAUUUACGACAUCCCUAAAGCAAUGCCCAGUGUCCCUCGUGCUGGGAAAGGGCUGGGAAAAGCCAAUGAGGCUUCAGAGAAUUCCAUGGGCUGCAACUCCCCAUGUUUCUCCAGACAGACAGCCUCCCUGUGUCCUGAAGAGGACAGACUGUCUGUCUCCAGCUCUGACAGCAGAGCUAGCGUUGUUUCUUCGUGCUCUUCCACAUCCACCGACUCCUCCGCCAGCUCUUCCUUGGAGGAGUCAGCAAGGGAGCUCUCCUUGGACCUGGACUUGGCCAAGGGGACAGUGAGGGCUCUGCAACACAAGGUGGUCAGCUCUACAGCAGGCCUGCUGCUCUUUGUAAGCAGGAAGUGGAGGUUCAGGGACCAUCUGGAGGCCAACAUUGAUGCAAUCCGCAGGGCUGCUGAUCACAUAGAAGAGUCUGUAAGAGAAUUUCUGGACUUUGCCAGAGGAGUCUGUGGGGCUUCCUGUAAUCUCACUGACAGCAACCUUCAGGUCAGAAUCCGAGAGCAGCUACAGACAAUCUCCAGUUCCUACCGGAUCCUGCUUGAAACAAAGGAAAGCUUGGAUAACUGCAAUUGGUCCCUGGAAGUCCUCGUGACUGACAAAGUCCAAAACAGCCCAGAUGACCUUGAGAGGUUUGUCUUGGUGGCACGAAUGAUUCCAGAAGACAUCAAGAGAUUUGCCUCCAUUGUUAUUGCCAACGGGAGGCUCCUUUUUAAGCAGCACUAUGAAAAAGAAUUUAAGUGUGAAAAAUGCAUCCAGCCUCCCCAAAGAGAAAUUGAAUCAUACCAAAGGAGUACUCCUUUUACUAAGCAGAGGGAAAAUGAACACUCCCCUGAACUGUUAAAGAAAAACAGGACAAAUACCUGUAGACAGAAUCCUGUUUCUCCAAUACCCCAACCUUUGAGUCAGCAGACUCCUGAGAAGAAAAUCCACCUUUCUGAACACUGCCGGCUCUAUUUUGGGGCACUCUUCAAAGCCAUCAGGGUAUUUAACAGCAGCCUCAGCAACAGCCAGCCCCCGGAGACUUUCAUCACUCAGAGCAAGCUGGUCAUCACAGUGGGGCAGAAGCUGGUGGACACGCUGUGCAAGGAGACCCAGGAGAGGGACGUGCGCAACGAGAUCCUCUGCAGCAGCAGUCACCUGUGCAGCCUGCUCAAGGACCUCGCGCUGGCCACCAAGAAUGCAGUGCUCAAGUACCCAAGCCCUGCAGCCCUGGAGCACCUCCAGGCCAAGGCUGAGAAGCUGGAGCAACACACACUGCAAUUCAGAGGGACGUUGGAAUGAAGACUAUCUACCUCCUGCUUCCUCUGCUAACCUCUUAGCUUGCACAACUCUGUCCUGUGGGAAAAGGCAGCCGGGGCAUACGAUGGCCUAAAACAGACACAGCGCCUAGAGCUGGUAUUAUCGAGUGGCUAAGUAACCCCAGGACAUUGACUUACACCACAGGGGGUCAGGAAAGAGAGUCAGAUAUUAAAUAAAGACCUUGUGAAGGUUAGCAUAUCAUGAAGAGUAUGCAGUGUCAGUGUUUGAAGUGAUGUCAUAGAAAUAUUUUUAUAUUGAUUAAUAUUAAUAUAUAGUGCAUGUUUUAAAUUCAUUCAACACUUAUUUAUUGGACGCCUACUAUAUGCCUAGUAGUUCUAGGUGCUAGAGAUAUAGCACUCCUGUGCUCUUGGAGCUUACAGUCUAGUAGGGGAGUCAGGCAGUAAAGUGAUGAAGAAAUACAUGCACAAUAUAUCAGGUACUAGAAAAAUGAAGGAGGUGAAGGGGAAAGACCUUAUUUUCAAAUGAUUAAUAUUUAUUCCAUCUGUUGUAAAAUGUAAGGCUUUUUCAUUUUAGACUGAGUUAAUUUUGUGAUAUUGUUAUAAAUUAUGUAUCUCUGUACUGCACCAAAAAACAUAUAUUUUUGUUGUAUUACCUUAACCUAGUUAAAGAUGCAUGUUAUAUUAAUACUUACAUGACAUGUUCUAUUGGGUUCUCUAUUAAUUUAUUUUGUACAUUACAGAUUUUGUGUUGAUAAAUUCUACUGCUCAAUUAGAAACCUUUAUACU